AUGUCUGUGUUUCUACCCCAUUUACGGACAGGAUGGCAUGUUGAUCAAGCUAUAUUAUCAGAAGACGAUCGGCUAGUGGUGAUACGAUUCGGUAGAGAUGGUGAUCCUGAUUGUAUGCUUAUGGAUGAGAUUCUAUAUAAGGUGUCCGAGUCAAUAUCACAGUUUGCUGUGAUAUAUCUCUGUGAUAUCGAUGACGUGCCGGAUUUCAAUGAAAUGUACGAACUUUACGAUCCGAUGACGGUAAUGUUUUUCUACAGGAACAAGCAUAUGAUGUGCGAUUUCGGUACUGGUAAUAACAACAAGCUCAACUUUGUGCUUUCCAAUAAGCAAGAAUUAAUCGACAUUAUAGAGACCAUAUAUAGAGGAGCCAUCAAGGGCAAAGGUUUGGUGAUAGCUCCCAAAGAUUAUAGUUAUACCAAUAAGAGGGGACUAUGA